AUGUCACCACAUGCAGGCCCUCUCAUCCACACACGCACCUGGUGGAAAGAAGCCACAUUCUAUCAAAUCUACCCCGCGAGCUUCAAAGAUAGCGACGGCGAUGGCUGGGGCGAUAUCCCGGGGAUCCUCUCCAAAAUCAAUUAUCUCUCUUCCCUAGGCAUCGAUGUAGUCUGGCUGUCUCCCAUGUUUGAUUCUCCGCAAAUCGAUAUGGGCUACGACGUCUCCAACUACGAGGCUACUUACGCUCCAUAUGGUACAGUCGAAGACGUAGAGAGGUUGAUUGAGGCAUGCCAUGUUCAUGGGAUGAAGAUCAUUCUGGAUUUGGUGGUGAACCAUACGAGUGAUCAGCAUGAUUGGUUUAAAGAGAGUAGGAGUUCGAAGAGUAAUCCGAAACGGGAUUGGUACUUUUGGAGGCCAGCGAGACAUGAUGAACAGGGGAAUCCUCUCCCGCCAACGAAUUGGCGGGGCUACUUUGCUGGAGGAACUUGGACAUGGGACGAGCACACUCAAGAAUACUACCUUCAUUUAUACGACACAUCGCAACCAGACCUAAACUGGGAGAAUGAAGAAUGCCGUAAAGCUAUCUACAAUUCGGCCAUACGAUUCUGGCUCGAUAAAGGGAUUGAUGGCUUCCGUGUGGAUACUGUGAACAAGUAUUCGAAACAUGUGGAUUUCCCUGACGCGCCGGUAACGGAUUCGAACGCCUUCAUUCAGCCUGCAGCGCAGUUCUGGUGUAACGGCCCUCGAAUCCACGAAUUCAUCAAAGAAAUGAACACGACCGUUCUGUCAGAAUACACAACCUACGACGGCCAGCCUCUUGUCACAGUGGGCGAGCUCUCCCUAACACCCGAUCCUGAAGACGUUCUUCGAUACGUCAGUGCGCGAGAAAAGGAGCUUGACAUGGUAUUCCAAUUUGACGUCACGCAUCUUGGCCAGGGCAACGGAUUCCAAGACAAAUACGACUUCGCCAGGUGGAAAUUACCUGAGAUGAAGCGUAUUGUAGAGAAAUGGCAGGCAUUCAUCGAAGGGACUGAUGGAUGGACGACAGUUUUCAUCGAGAACCACGAUAACGGUAGAAGUGUUUCGAGGUUCGGCAAUGAUGCGCCUGAGUGGAGGGAAAAGAGCGCAAAAAUGCUGGCACUGUGUUUCUUGACCCAGACAGGAACCCUAUUUUUGUAUCAGGGACAGGAGAUUGGGAUGAUCAAUGCGCCUAAGGAUUGGAGUAUGGAGGAGUAUAAGGACGUUGAAACACAAAACUACUGGAAAGAAGCGGUCCAGUCAUCGGAAAGUCGCGUCGACCCGACGUGUGAGGAACGCAUCAAGCAUGGCUUACAAUUGAUGGCGCGGGACCACGCCAGGUUGCCCUUCCAGUGGGACUCUAGUGCAAACGCGGGAUUCACGACGGGGAAGCCAUGGAUGCGGGUGCAUGACCUGUACAAGGAGAUUAAUGCUGAAGCUCAGGAGAAAGAUAGUGAGAGUGUGUUGGCGUUCUAUAAGCGACUGCUCCGGUUGAGGAAAGAGUAUAGAGAUGUAUUUGUGUAUGGUACGUUCGAGCUUCUUGAUCCCGAGAACGAGGGCACGUUUGCCUUUAGAAAGCACUACCAGGAGAGGGCUGCGCUAGUAGUGCUCAACUUCACCGCCGGUAGCCAGCCAAUUCCAGGCCAAGGGAUCGAGAGGGAUAUGACGUUGUUAGCGAGCUCAUACCAGAAGAUAGCCCUGGAUUCGAUACAGCCAUUUGAAGGGAGAGUGUAUAUCAACUAA